AUGGGCGAAGACGCUCAGCCACAGGAGAUGGCAUCCACCAGCUCCCCGCGGGCCGGGGAGCCCAGCCCCGAGGUCAAACAGAACAGGGACUCCGAGCGGAGGGGGGGGAGCCUUCAGAACCUGCCUAUAGAACAUCACUUCGCAUGUAAAGAGUGCGGGGAUGCCUUUCGGCUUAAGGUCCUCCUCGUGCAGCACCAGAGAAUUCACAGUGAGGAGAAGGGCUGGGAGUGUGGUGAUUGCGGGCAGGUCUUCAGGGGGGUCUCGGAGUUCAAUGAGCACCGGAAGGGCCACGUGGCCGCAGAGCCCCAGCCCGGCCCCAGCCGAGCCCCAGAGGAUGUUCUGGAGAAAAGGGAGCAAAUGGAGAGGGAGGCGAAGCCCUUCGAGUGUGAGGAAUGUGGGAAGAGGUUUAAGAAGAACGCAGGCCUCAGUCAGCAUCUGCGUGUCCACAGCAGAGAGAAGCCCUUUGACUGUGAGGAAUGCGGGCGGUCCUUCAAAGUGAGCACCCACCUCUUUCGCCAUCAGAAGCUGCACACGUCCGAAAAGCCGUUCGCCUGCAGGGCGUGUGGCCGCGAGUUCCUGGAUCGCCAGGAGCUUCUCAAGCACCAGCGGGUGCACACCGGCCACCUGCCCUUCGACUGUGACGACUGCGGCAAGUCCUUCCGCGGCGUCAACGGCCUGGCCGAGCACCAGCGCAUCCACAGCGGGGCCAAGCCGUACGGGUGCCCCCACUGCGGCAAGCUCUUCCGGAGGAGCUCGGAGCUCACCAAGCACCGCCGCAUCCACACGGGCGAGAAGCCGUACGAGUGCGGCCAGUGCGGGAAGGCCUUCCGGCAGAGCUCCAGCCUCCUGGAGCACCAGCGCAUCCACACCGGUGAGCGGCCCUACGGCUGUGGCGACUGCGGCAAGGCCUUCCGCGGGCCGUCCGACCUCAUUAAGCACCGGCGCAUCCACAGCGGACUGAAACCCUACGAGUGUGACAAAUGCGGGAAGGCCUUCCGGAGGAGCUCCGGCCUGAGUCGCCAUCGGAGGACCCACAGCGGAGCGAGGCGCUGCGAGUGCAGCGCGUGUGGCCGCGUGUUCAAGAGGCGCUCGGCGCUGCAGAAGCAUCAGCCGACCCACCACGACUAG